AUGAGAUCUCACGCGUUGCUCGCAUUGGUCUUGUGUCUCUUUGCAGCAUUCGCCGCUGCCUGGACCAAAGAGGACCACGAAAUCUUCCGUAUCCGUGACGAAGUUGCCAAAGCAGACGGCGCCAAUGUCACCUUCUACGAUCUCCUCGGUGUCAAGCCCAGCGCCUCCCAAGACCAAUUGACCCAAGCCCUCCGCAAGAAGUCGCGCGAACUUCACCCGGACAAGGCCCGCAAGGUCUUUGUUGCCAACUAUGCUAAGAAGAACAACAAGAAGAAGCCAACCAACAAGGAAAUUGAGGCACACUUGAAGAAGGUCACCGCCGCCUACCAGCGUCUUUCCGUCGUGGGAAAGAUGCUCAAGGGCGCCGAGCGCGAGCGCUACGACCACUUCCUGAGGAACGGCUUCCCAGCAUGGAGGGGCUCUGGCUACUACUAUGAGCGCUUCCGUCCUGGCCUUGGCUCAGUCAUUGUCGGUCUACUCGCUGUCUUCGGUGGAGGCUUCCACUACUUCGCUCUGUUGAUGUCAUGGACGCGUCGCAGGGAGUUUGCUGAGAGGUACAUUCGCCAGGCACGCAAGACUGCCUGGGGUGAUGAGAGUGGUCUUCAGGGCAUUCCUGGAGUCGACGAUACCGCCGCACCUGUCAACGCCGAACAGUUCGACAAGGAUUCUGCCGAGGAUACACCAGAGGAGCUAGCCCCACGCAACCGUCGCGAGAGGCGCGCUAUGGAGAAGGACGCUCGCAAGCCAAAGAAGGUGCAAGCUGUGAAAAAGGCCCGCGCCGAUGGCAUCAGCACCCCCGUUGAGGCAGAGGUCAUCUCUGGUCCUCAAGGAGCCAAGAAGCGCAUCGUCGCUGAGAACGGCAAAGUCUUGGUCGUAGAUUCCGUCGGUAAUGUUUUCUUGGAGAUUGAGAAUGAGGAUGGUAUGAAGGGUGAAUACUUGGUCGACCCUGAUGAGGAGCCUAAGCCUACUAUCUACGACACCCUCCUGUUCAAGCUGCCCAAGUUUGCUUACAACCAGUCAGUCGGACGUGUCCUUGGAAAGAAAGAGAUGAUUGACGCUCCAUUGCUUGAGACCUCUAAUCUAACCGAAGAGGAGGCCGCCAUCCAGAAUGCCACCGCGCCCAACCUUAACGGCGAGGCAAGGAAACGCAAGGCCAUGGCCAAGAAGGCAAGAUAA